AUGAGGCUACAGCUAAAAUUUCGCUGGUUCGUUGGGAUUUUACUUACUCUGGUUGUCUUGAUUCCUCUUCGGAGCCUGCUACUCUACGAAAACCCACCAAUUGCUAUCGGGAAUAUGUUAUACGAAAGAGUUUUGGCUCCUUCGUUUGGUGGCCACGUGUUCCUUCUUGUCCUUGUUCUCACCUCGCCCGGAGGAAGGCUUCAACGUGAUGUAAUACGGGAGACUUGGGGAUCCGCCUCACUAGCGCCCAGCACAAGAUUUGUAUUCGUUUUGGGCGGACAAAACGAUUUGGACUCUGAUGUUAGAAAUGAGUUCUCGGUAAAUAAGGAUUUAAUAAUAGGAUCAUUUCCAGACACAUAUAGGAAUCUAGUGCUCAAAGUGUUCGUCGCGUUGAAUUGGGCGAGGACGCAGAAUUGUACCUACGUACUUAAAGCCGAUGAUGAUGUAUACAUCAAUAUACCGCGGCUUUUAAAUUGGCUGCGAAAUCCAAGUUUACCUGAGCCACUAUAUGCCGGUGAGGUUGUGGAAGGAAACCGGGUUUUACGUUGGCCCCCGUGGAGCAAAUACCGUAUACCCCGGGAUGUGUAUAAUGAAGAAAUUUAUCCUCCUUACUGCCGUGGUGCGUUUUAUGUGCUAUCGCGUUCAGCGCUGCCGGGAAUCAUGCAAGAGGUCAAUAAACACUCCACGUUAUUACCAAUGGAAGACGCGUAUCUUGGCAUUAUGGCCCGAUCUGCAAGUUUAAGCCCGGUUCAAAUUCCGGGCUGUAAAUCUUCGCGUAGUGUUAGAUCUCAAAUAGUAACUUGGAAUGAGACCACUCUUCGGCAUGUUAUUUGCAGCGGUGAUGCUUUUGACGAGAGCAUUUUGCGCUACUUGACACAAUUUCCGAGUACCAGGGCUUAA